GUGGCAACAACAAGAACAUUGGGCUUAAUUUUUGUAAUCGUUUAAACUGAGAAUGAAACUAGGAGCGGCCAUUGGUUUUGUUGGAGUUUUGGCUUUGAAGUUAGAUCAUCCAUGGAAUCAUCUCUGUUUCUUGUUUCUCAACAACGUGAGGAUCUUCCUCAGCAACUUGAAGGGGUGCCUUUAUUUAAUUUUACCAAUAAUUGGGUUGCUGGUGACACAGCAUAUCUCCAGAUUGCAAAGAAAGUUUUUAAGUCUUAGGAGCCAUCAGUUUCCCCCUACGUCUGCAGCCUGGAGUGGAGAAGUAGGUUGAAGAUGUCUCAUCAUCUUCAGGCACUCAUCUUGCAAAGGGAAAAUCUAGUAUGUCUUCUCAUCUACCUCAGCAACAAUUUCCACUGUGUCCUUUCUUUUUCUGUGUAUGUAGUGAAAUGUGUGUUUAGAUGGCUUGUAACUUUUGUUUUAUAUCAUCUACAAGUUUGUAAUGACUUGCUUGAAACUGAGAUGCAACCUGAAUUCUAUAGGUUUUUCAUUUUUUAAUGGAUUUUGUAGGCUUUAAUUCAACAAAUUUUAAUGCAAUUA